AUGGCACUUCAUGUUAAUGCUGUUACGAGUUUGAUGGAAGAAUUGAGAAUCGCUCACAAGACAUCUGAGGUCGACGGCCAGAUUCAUGGUCACUCGAGCUCAUCUCUUCAAGAUUCAAUCCAAUUGCUCGAUCAGUCUGCCAAAAUCACUUCCUCACAAGCGGAACGAGUUCGUGUCUUAGCUGGCUCAAUCAUCCACCGUGAUAGUCUGGAUAACACAGGAAUCUACUCGCUUUGCAGAAUAGCUAGCGAGGUUACAGAAGUAACUCGUAUUCUUGAUGACACCGCCAAUACGCUCAGAGAUGCGGCGGAACUGUCUAUCAUUACGUUUCUCGCUUCCCUUGGGGGUCAGGAUAGGGCUAACGUCCGCGACGGGUCUCUGCUUCAGCGCUUAUUAUCACACUUCGACGAGCAAAUACGAAGCAUUGUCAGAGGUGUCCUGAGUAACUCUGGCUAUGGCAACUGCGUUCUAUGGAAGAUCGCUGAGGAGUGUUACAACCAAGCGACUAGUUACUCUGGCACACUACAUCCCGAUAAUUAUUUCGUUCAGCGCGACGAGACUUUUCUUGGAUGGCCACACGACCCUGAUUAUGAGGCCGAGGAAUAUUAUGAACACGAAAAUCGCCUGGAGAUCGACGAGGAUUAUGCCAAGGCCAUGGAGGAACGAAUGAAACAGAGACGGGAGGGAAGGAAGAGGGAAGAGCAGAGUUGGAUCGACUUUUGGGUGUUGGUCCUUCACGGAUGCCCUAACGGACCGACGCUGUUCUACCCACCAGCAAGCUACGAGGUCAAACUUCAAAUGUUUGCGACUACAGAUAUCCCACAGUACUUAUUCCGGACGUUUGACGGGAAGAGCUCAGGAAGAAGCGAUGAUAACAUAGUGGCUUCGAUGGCGAGUUUUACCGAGUCGCCAGAAGAGAGCAGAAAGGAUAUUCUGUCUCUUCCAAAGGACGAAGUAAUAGACAUGCUACACACCCAUCUAACUAAAAAGUGUUGGGGUGCGGAAGACUCCGAUAACCUAAUGUCCUGGACAAGCUCUCUACUGUUCGCAAUUCAAUACGCGAUCUGGAGACGCCGUAAGUUUGGCUGCCAACCAGCGGACAUCAAAAUCUGCAUGGUAGAUACCAGGAGAUUCCCGCAAGGGCAAUUUGCGCCGGAUAUGUGGCUUCUUCGAGCUUAUCGCGACACUGCUGCACAAGUGGGUGGGGAGACAGAGAAGUUCUUCCGCUUCCGUCUCGAGGAUACAAGAUACCACAACGGAGAAUACCUUUCUCAAGGAUCAGUGGACCAUGCCAGUCGAUCAUGUGUGGUCUCUUUAGAAACUCUGGAGGAGUCUGGCCUGUAUGAUCUAUAUCCUGAGUUCGCCGAGGUACAGGGUAAAGAGAGAUGGACGAACCGUGUGCGAGAAUUGCGGGAGGGCUGGUCCAUCGAGCAACGAACGACGCCUCGAGAGGUUCAGCUUGCGUCAGACGUGGCGAGAUGUUUCAAUACCUUCGAAACAAUUCAUAUGAUGUUAAUACUCCUAACAUUCAAAGCCCGGAAAAUAAAAGAAUGGGCCCGCAGACCAGAUGAGCUCCGAAGAUAUAUAAGUGCAGCUGGACUAUUACAAUCACGAAAGCAAAGUAUGAACAAAUGGGGCGAUGCCUUCCUUCCCCUGCCGAAUGACGCAUUUGACAUCCGAAUAGUCAAAGAAAUGUUUGACUAA